GCCAAAAAAUGAUAGAGUGGGAAGAUGUUUACAAGGUGGUGGAAGCCAUGGCUCCACUGUACGUGGCCUUAAUAUUAGGUUAUGGCUCAGUGAAAUGGUGGAAGAUUUUCAGCCCAGAGCAAGGUGGUGCUAUAAAUCGUUUCGCUUGUUUCUUCACUCUUCCUCUCUACACUUUCGAUUUCACAGCCCACGUCGACCCUUUCCAGUGGAACUACCGCUUCAUAGGCGCCGACGCUAUAUCGAAGACGAUCAUCGUGGUGGUGUUGGCCUUCUGGGCCAAGUUGAGUAGCAAAGACGACAGCCAUGCAGUUGCUUGGUCCAUAACAAGCUACUCUUUGUCCACUCUCACCAAUUCUCUUGUCGUUGGAGUGCCUCUGAUGAAAGCCAUGUACGGUCAGAUAGGCGUUGAUAUUGUCGUUCAGUCUUCGGUCGUACAAUCCAUCAUUUGGAUGACCCUUCUUUUGAUUGUGCUCGAGUGUUAUCGUAGUACAUCAGAGAUGGAUGCUUCAUCAAACGACGUGAAAAAUAGUGUCGUUUGCGAUUUGAAUAAUAAUAAGGAUUUGGAAAAAGACGUGGAGGAAGAUAGUGGUGCUCGACAGUCUUAUUGGUCGUUGAUGAAGGUUGUGGGGUUGAAGUUGGUUGUGAAUCCUAACUCUUAUGCUGUUUAUAUUGGCCUCUUUUGGGCUAUCAUUGCUAGCAGGUGUGAUAUUACAAUGCCAGGCAUACUUGAAGGGUCCAUUUCGAUCAUGGCCAAAGCUGGUGCAGGCACUGCCAUGUUUAGUAUGGGGAUAUUCAUGGCGUUGCAGAAAAAGAUAAUUGCAUGUGGAGUGAAAUUAACAGUGUUUGGAAUGGUUUUGAGGUUUAUCGCCGGACCGGCAGCUAUGGCUAUCGGAUGUAUUGCCGCCGGCUUGCAUGGUGAUGUUCUACGUGUAGCUAUCGUUCAGUCAGCACUACCACAAGCGAUUGCAUCUUUUAUUUUUGCCAAAGAAUAUGGGUUGCAUGCAGAAGUAAUUAGCACAGCGGUUAUCUUUGGGACGAUGGUGUCUGUUCCAGUUCUAAUAGCUUUUUAUAUCGGUUUAGAUUUAAUACAUUGGCGUUUUGUAUAA